CCUACAAACCAAAACAUGACCGCUUCUGUGGUGGUUCGGAGGUUGGCAGCUCUGUCAGGAGCCUCGGCAGUGGGAGCUGGAGCAUACGGGGCUCACGGUUUCAAAAACACAGAUCCUGAUGACUACCAAGUAGUGCUUUUUGAGACCGCCAACAAGUACCAUUUCUACCACAGCCUGGCCUUGCUGGGUGCUGCUCACUGUGGCAAACCUGCUGUGGCUGGUACCAUUUUGAUUGCGGGAAUGGGGAUGUUCUGUGGCUCUCUAUAUCACCAGGCUCUGACAAGGGACCCGGGACUCCGCAAAAUGGCUCCCAUAGGGGGUGUAGCUAUGAUUGUUGGAUGGCUGGCUAUGAUUCUCUGAACUGUGACAGCUUACAUCUUCUCCAGAGAGCCACAAUGUGACACUAAACUGUCAGACUGCUAAUAAAUGAACUGGAGAACUUGUAAGAGUUGGCUGUGAGGUAGUGCUGAGUUAUAAUGUCACCCAUCUAACCACUGCCUGCCCUGGGUCGUGGAUGUCAGCAGGAGAUAAGGUCACAACAGGAGUAUCAGUUUUCUGCCAUUGCUGUCUGAUUCUGGCUGGCGCCCUUUGACUAUAAUGUUAAACUGGAUAAGAAAUUGAAUACAAAAUGAAUGGGGGGAUUUGUAUCCCCCAAACAAUUUAUGAUGGAACAUUUUUGUUUAUGACAUGUAAAUUUUGCACUGGUAGGACACUCACAAAUGAGCCGAUAGAAGUUAAAAUGCACUAAUAACGUAGUAUUGGUUGUAAAAAUAAAGAAUGGCAUAUGUUGGAUUUUGAAUUAA